AUGAAAGAGCUGUUCGGGUGUGCUGUUGUCAGCUGGAGGUGGGACUUCGCCAACUCUUCACUGUUCCACCCAGACGAUCUGAAGCGGUUUUGGUUUGAGGGAAGAGAAGUGAGAUUUGCUUGCAACUCUGAACGGGGAAAGGCAGACAAAGACAAAAGUGCAGGGACGAGGGGAAGAGAGGAGUAUGCGAAAGGGAAGAUAGCUGGAUGUCCAUAUUUUGCUUUGGUGAAGUGCUGCGAUCCACGGACCUGCGUGAGGUUUGUGGUGAUCUUGUACAGAAGAGAACGGAUUGUUGUUGUUACAUCAAUGAAUUGGCAUCACUGGCCCUCAUUCUGCCGUCUUCUUGAAGUCGCGCCACGCGUUCCAUCCCGUUCGCUGCGUGCUGUUUUGCUCUGA